CUCACCUCACGCAUGCGUAGGUGAGUUGAAGACGUGGCCGUAGUGAAGUCCUAGAUCCUACACACAAUAAAACAAGCCGUCUUUGUCUCCCCGAUACAAGAUGCCUCUAAGACUAGAUGUCAAGCGAAAGCUCUUGGCUCGCUCAGACCGAGUCAAGUGUAUGGACAUACAUCCCAAGGAGCCAUGGAUGCUAGCCAGUCUCUAUAACGGGAACGUUCACGUAUGGAACUACGAAACACAGACGCUAGUGAAAUCGUUUGAGAUUGCUGACCUCCCCGUCCGAUGUUCCAAGUUUGUCGUACGCAAGAGUUGGAUAGUGACCGGGUCCGAUGACAUUAUCAUCCGGGUGUUCAACUACAACACACUGGAGAAGGUUCAUUCAUUUGAUGCUCACACUGACUACAUACGCUCCAUAGUCGUCCACCCCACACACCCCUACGUCCUCACUAGCAGCGAUGACAUGACUAUCAAGUUGUGGGACUGGGAAAAAGGAUGGCAGUGCUCGCAAGUGUUUGAAGGCCACUCCCACUACGUCAUGAUGAUCGUCCUCAACCCCAAGGACAACAACCAGUUUGCCUCCGCCUCUCUGGACAAGACCAUCAAGGUGUGGCAGCUUGGCUCCCCUCAUCCCAACUUCACCCUCGAGGGUCAUCAGAAGGGGAUCAAUUGUAUCGACUAUUUCCAGGGAGGAGACAAACCAUACCUCAUAUCAGGAGCUGAUGACAAAAUGGCCAAGAUUUGGGACUACCAGAACAAGACGUGUGUGCAGUCACUGGAGGGACAUGCUCAGAACGUGACGGCUGUUGCCUUCCAUCCCGAGCUGCCCAUCAUCCUCACUGGCUCCGAGGACGGGACUGUCAAGAUAUGGCACUCUAGCACCUAUCGUCUGGAGACCACGCUCAACUAUGGGCUGGAGAGGGUGUGGUCUAUUGCUCACAUGAGAGGGACCAACGAUAUCGGGAUAGGCUAUGAUGAAGGAAGCGUCAUGAUCAAGCUUGGUAGGGAAGAGCCGGCCCUGAGUAUGGACAGCAGUGGCAAGAUCAUCUGGGCCAGGCACACGGAGAUACAACAAGCCAACCUCAAGAACCUCACUGAUGUGGAUAUUAAGGACGGGGAGAGACUGCCCCUGGCCGUUAAAGAUAUGGGCAGCUGUGAAAUAUACCCUCAGACCAUCUCCCAUAACCCAAACGGAAGGUUUGUGGUUGUGUGCGGAGAUGGUGAAUACAUCAUCUACACGGCUAUGGCGCUCAGAAACAAGAGCUUCGGCAGUGCUCAGGAGUUUGUGUGGGCGGCGGAUGCAUCAGAGUACGCUGUGAGGGAGAGUUCUUCCAAGAUCACAAUUUUCAAGAACUUUAAGGAGAAGAAAUCCUUCAAGCCUGAGUUUGGAGCAGAGCAUAUCUUUGGAGGUCAUCUACUGGGGGUCAAAGAGUCCAACAGCCUUGCCUUCUUUGAUUGGGAGAGCUUGGAACUGGUUAGACGUAUUGAGAUCUCAGUCAAGCAUGUGUACUGGGCCGAGAGUGGUGAGCUGUGCUGUGUAGCCUCGGACGACAGCUACUACAUACUCAGCUACAACUCGGAGGCCGUCUCUGAAGCACUAUCGACCAAUCAGGGGAUAGACGAAGACGGAGUGGAGGCUGCCUUCGAUGUCCUAGGAGAGAUAGAGGAAGUGGUGAAGACAGGGACCUGGGUGGGGGACUGCUUCAUCUACACUAACAGUGUCAACAGGCUCAACUAUUACGUGGGAGGAGAGAUUGUCACCAUCUCACAUCUUGACAGGCCGCUGUAUGUCCUCGGCUACAUCCCUCGUGACAACCGAGUGUACCUAGGGGACAAAGAGCUCAAUAUUGUCAGCUACUCCAUUCAGCUGGCAGUGCUCGAGUACCAGACAGCCAUCAUGAGGAAGGACUUCGACACAGCAGACAAGGUUCUCCCCACUAUCCCCACUGAUCAGCGGACGAGGGUGGCACACUUCCUCGAGAAGCAGGGCUUCAAACAGCAGGCUAUGGCGGUGUCCACGGACAUGGAUCACAAGUUUGAGUUGGCUGUACAGUUGAAGGACCUCAGAGCUGGCUAUGAGCUAGCCAAGAAGUCUGAGAGUGAUGCUAAGUGGAAGCAACUGUCGGACCUUGCUCUGGCAAAAUGUCAGUUUGGACUGGCCCUCGAGUGCCUGAAUCACGCCAAGGACUACGGCGGCCUACUGCUAGUGGCCACCAGUGCGGGGGACGCCACUACACUGGAGAAGCUGGGUCAGCUAUCAAACACUGAGGGGCAGAACAACAUCUCCUUCAUGUCCAACUUCCUCCUUGGGAAACUGGAGGACUGUCUUGAGAUCCUGGUGUCCACUGGGAGACUGCCUGAGGCUGCCUUCUUUGCUAGGACCUAUCUACCCAGCCAAAUAUCACGCAUUGUUACCCUGUGGCGCGAGGACCUCGCCAAGACCAACCCCAAGGCUGCCCAGUCUCUGGCUGAUCCCACUGAGUAUGAGAACCUGUUCCCUGAACUGAAACAAGCACUACAAGCAGAGCAGUACCUCAAGACAGAGAGAGCCUCUCUCCUGCCAGCUGCCAGCUACUGCACCACCACUGCUUCAGUGGAUAGAGACGUGAUGGCAGAGCUAGCACAAGGUGUGGCUGCAAUGGCCUCCGUUGUGGACAGCCCACCGCCUCCCGAGGUUGUAGACAAUCCACCCUCACCAAUCGACAAAGAUGACGACAUGAACUUUGACCUUGAUGAUGAGGAUCUAGACGACAUUGACACACAGGGAAUCGAUCUAGAUGAUGAUGACGAGGAUCUACUACAAGAUGACUAAAUAACUCUCUGUAUAUUGUAGGUCUCAAUAUUUUGUUUUAUUAUUCUCCAGAAAGAAUUUGUAAAUCACACGAACAGAAAUCUUAUUAUUCAGCAAUGCAAUGUUAUUGUUGUAAGGUGAUACUUUAA